UAAUUGAAGAAGAAGAAGCAUAGGAGUUGGACUGGAAGCGGUGCUUCCGAUAGUUUGUAUUGCUACUAAAUAAAUUGGCAUCAGACCAUACAAGCAGGAGGAGGUUCAUCAUGCCUGUCACAUGUGCAGUAAACGGCUGCACCAACAAGUUUAUCAAAGGGUCAGAAAUAAGAUUUUACAGGUUCCCCAUCAGUAAGCCUCAGCUUGCCAACCAAUGGGUACAAAGUUUGGGGAUGAAAAACUUCAUCCCUACACCUAACACUUGCCUCUGUUCAGAGCAUUUUAACCCAGAUUGUUUCCGAGACUACAAUGGCAAACAGUUUCUUAGGGAAGAUGCAGUGCCCACUAUUUUCGGUGCUGAUUCAUCGAAGCCUGAAUUACGGAAAAGGGGGAUGAUGACCAAGGACACAAAUGCGGCUAAUCGCUUCGGGGCACCGUCAGACCGGGAGAGGGCUAAGGCGCUGGAGAAGAUCAAGACCAAGGAGAAACGACAGAGUACCCGGGAAACUGGCAAGGGAAGAGGUGAUGGCAGAAGACGAGGAGGGGGAGGAGGACGAGGAGGAGUCUCCUCCAACACUGACCGACAGACUGUUGGGGCGAAGAGCAAAGUGUAUGACAGCAAAGGCCGCCUGCUCUCCUGUGGCAAGGACAUGUGUGACUGCCUGGACGUGGACUGCAUGGGCUGCUUCUACCCCUGCCCCGAGUGCGGCUCCCGCAGGUGUGGUGUGGAGUGCCGCUGUGACCGCAAGUGGCUCUACGAGCAGGUUGAGGUGGAGGGGGGCGAGAUCAUCCGCAACAAGUAUGCUGGCUAGUCUCCCCCACCCUUAGGCCUUGAACUAUGACUUGUUGAGAUGAUCAAUUAUUUCUCUUUUUUUUUCUGUAUAGAGAGGGACAGAAUAAGAAAUGGUCUGAAGUUGCCAAAAGAGAGAACUUGAUUUGAUUAUGUAUCACAAGAUAAUGUGUCAAGAGUAAAUGAAUAAGAAAUAAUACUCCCACAAUGGUUUCAACCAAGUGUUACAGACAUUGCGUAUGUAGUUUAGUUCCUGUACCGAGAGGAUCAAUUCAAGAAAGUGUAUGCACAUACACUUCACCGGUGCCUCGCUACAAGAACUCAUGCAAGGAAAAAGAGGAAUAUGACGAAGAUUUGUUUAGACCUUUUUCGAAAGUAUGCAUGCCUGAAGAAUUUUCCAUGUUUCAUUUUCUGCCUUUCCUCAUUAUGGUUUUUGAAAUUCUCCACUUGUUUUGAUUAGUGAUGACAUAUUGUUUGUGCCCACAGCUGUCAAUUACAUUGGUCUUAAUUCAUAUUAAAAUAUGUGAGUGUCCAGAAUCCAA